AUGGCUUUGGACAUUGUCUCCGUGGCCCCCCUCUACCAAGGCCCUGACAUCAACAGAAUAAGGCUGAUGACAACAGAGGCAUCCAAAACGCCAGCCUCCCCACUCAAAUCCUUGGUCCCAUCUAAGACCAAACUCACCACCAUCGAGACCAAGAGGAUCAUGUCCGUCCUGGAUGAGGCCAUCUGCAAGGUGGAGUUGGUGACCCUGCUGUCAGACGUGGUAGCCAAUCAAGCAGCUCUGGAGGGGACGCUGGGGGAGGACAUCAUGAGGGCAGUGAGCGACCAUGGAGACCUCUGCAAGAGCCUCCUGGACAGUGUCAACGACCUGAAUGACCAGGAAAGGCAGGUGCAGGAGUUGGAAGACAUGGAGGAUGAGAGGGGGCUCAGAGACCUGCUCCUCCUCAUGGAGGAGCAGAAACACAGCCUCCCACCACUGAUGCGGCAGAUCAAAGACUCCACCAAGAACAUCCUGCGGCUCUUGCUCAAUAACCCCCAGGCUGCCAGGCUCCUGCAGAUGCAGACGCUGGGCCGAAGUGCAGAAGCCCAAAGUUUUAUCGACAGCCUGGUAGAACUCCGUGGUUUCCUGUUUGAGAAGCUACUCACUAGCCCCAUGGAGGUCAGGGACCAGACCCUGUUCAUACAGGAUAUCAGUAGGCGGAACAGGAGGAACCAAGAAAGCGUGGAAGCUCUUGAAAAUGAAUUGGCAAAAAGCCUUAAGAACAGGGAUGCCGAGGUGGAGAAGGAGAACUUUGUGAUCCAAGAGCUGAAGAACCACCUGCACCAGGUGCUCAAGUUCUCGGAGAACAGCCUCCUUCGCACCAAGCAGGAGGCCGAGAAGCAGCAGAAGGCAGACUUCAGGGCCUCACAGGCCAGGAUGGCCAAGAUCCAGCAGGAGAUCCUGAUGCUGCGCAUGCAGUACCACAACCUGGUCACGGAGAACCGGGAGCAGGAGCAGGCCCUGAGGAAGAAGAAAUAUAAAGUGGAGACGGAAAUAGAGAACUGGAUCCAGAAGUACGAUACGGAGAUGAGUGAAAAGCAGAUGGAGUAUGAGGAGCUGGAGGUCGUCCACAAGGAGGAGAAGGUGCAGCUGGACGAGCUGAGGCAGAAGCACGACGUGCUGGUGGAGGAGUUCUCCCAGAUCCGCACGGAGCGGGAGGUCAACUCCAGGAAGAGGAUGGAGGCUGAGGAGCAGCUGGUGCGCAUGGUGCGGGCCGCCACGCUCAUCCAGGCCAUGUGGAAGGGCUACCUGGUCCGUUCCAUGCUCAGGUCCAAGAAGAAGAAGCGGGCCAAGGGCAAAGCAAAGGAUAAGGGCAAGGAGAAGCCCAAGGGCAAGGAGAAGCCCAAGGGCAAGGAGAAGGCCAAAGGCAAGAGAUGA